CUCAUGUGACUUUGUUUUAGUUUAUAAGGACUUAUGCAUAUGCAUACAUCCUGUUGGCUUCACUUCACGCGCCUAACGCUUAUAUAUUUUGUAUAUUUUGGUUUCAAGUUGAAAUGAUUGCAUGUUUAUCAUGCGUCCUCCUGUUGGCUUUCGGACUGGUGUCCUCGUAUCCUGAUGUAGAUACUACCUGGAUGAAGACCUCUCUUCAAAACCAUUUCUCUGAACCUCGCCACCACGCCACUAACCCGACAUACAAAGCUGAAACCAGGGACUUCAUCACGAAGGAGUUCCGAAGCUACGGAUUGGAUACAUACAGUCAGAUGUUUGACACGGAUCUUGCGACGGUGAAAGGUGUAAAUGUCAUCGCAAUUUCGAAGGGAACGUAUUUCAAAACAAAUAAAGAUCAAAUAGUUGGAAUCGGAGCUCAUUACGACACUAUGCGAGACACUCCAGGUGUUGACGACAAUGGCGCUGCAGUGGUUGCAACGUUACAGGCAGCCAAACAUCUCGCCAAGAUUUCACGAAACUACACAGUGAUUUUUGCAGCCUUUGAUUUCGAAGAAUGGGAAGAACCAGAUCUUCCCCAAGUGGCGUGUGGAAACCUGAGUUGUGGAAGCACAAAGUUCCUCAGUGACUGGGUUCCCACGUUUUGGAGCACGACACCUGCUGUAAAAGGGAUCGUCAUCAUGGACACCAUUUUUAACAUACAGGAAAUGCCAAACACCCAAAAACUCCCACCUGGUUUGGAUCAGGUUGCCCCGAGGGUUUUUGAAAGCGUAACCUCUGACGGCAAGAAGGGAGAUUUCAUCGCAGCGAUUGGUCGGCCCUACGACUCUGACGUCCUUGAAGCCUUCGUCACUUCUUACACCGCCUUGGGUCAACCUGAGUUCGAGCUUGAGAAGAUUAACAUCACCGCUCUGACUGGCCCGACAGUAACACCACAGCAAUUCAUGAUGUUCCAGGACUUCAUGAGGAGUGACCACUACACCUUCUGGUCAAACGGAAUCAAGGCAAUCUUCCUGACGGACACAGCCGACUUCCGAGGGUACAUGGAAGUCUGCUACCAUCACUCCUGUGACAAGUUAAGCCGAGUGAAUGACAAGAUGCUUCAGUUUCUCGGGAAGACUACCCAAGCCCUCAUUGGUACUGUCAACAAACUGGCACCAUCUAACGCAUCAGGGAUCCCUGGGAACAGUGCUGUCCUGUUGGCAUGUCUCGUGGCUCUGUACUCAAGACUCGCAAUGCCAGAAUAGAGGGACAUCCUUCUCCAGAAACAAAGUACUUCAUUCAGCGUGGUACAGUCCCUUGUGUCGCCUUGAUCUGCCAUAGAGACACUUUGAUAACUGAACGUAUGCGUUUCUUGGGUAUUUUGGCGAGUUAACUACACGGUAUAUCUAUUAUGAAUUUUAUGCAUGGUUUACUUUCUAUUUAAUUUAAUUCAUUCAGGAUUGUGUUCAAUCUCACAAUCAGGGGAAAGAGGACGAGUACAUCCAGAUUCAAUGGCCUAUUUCUGUUGUCUACAUAAUAUAUCGGGCAGCAAUGAGUAAAGCUGUUGCAAGAUAGCACUGUAAACCACAUACCGACCGACCCCACGGCAUGUAAGUCUCACAACAUGACGGCCGAUUUUAAGGAAAGCCUUCUUAUAGUUGAAAUAAAUUAGGUAUACAAUUUGAUAUCGAAACUGAUUUAUACAUAUAAGGCUGCUCGAAAUUCUAUUUUACUCAUAGGAUGACUUUGUGUCCAAACUGUGACGUAAAGCAUUAACUCACUCACUCACACUUGUGUCUAAACUCUUUUUUAAUAAAUGUAAAAAAAAAAUGUGUUGUAGCUUCAUAUGUGCACAGUCAUAUAACCACAUUGCAAACUGUAUUUCCUUUUCGAUUCUUAAGUAGAAAAUAAUGUAUUGCUGCCAUGAUUAACAACAAAUAAAUUAAUAAUAAAAUUCCAUAUAUACCUCA